CAGAAAGUUAAAAUGGAGCAGAACUCUUCGAGAAUUAAUGCUGACAAGCUUCUUCCACUUUUUCAGACAAUUUUGCCUUAUUAUGGAAACUAUUCUUGUUGCCAAUCUCUGAUGCUGUAUCUCAAUAAACAGAUUAGACACCAUUGGUUGCAAAAGAGUCAUCUAUAUAAGCAAGUGCUAGACUCCCUUAAAACUACCACAAGUAUACAACCCCAAAACCAAAAUCUCGUCUGUAAACUCCACUUCCAAAUCACCGAUACAGAGAUCAACUCCUUAAUAGCCCACAAACUCUACGAAAAAUACCCCCUUGAAGUGUACCUAAACCACGAACAUAGCAUCCUAAAAUUUACCCACUUCUUACAAAAAAUCAACUUAUCCAACCUAGGCGACCAAGCUGACUUAUCCUUCACCAAAAUCUACAUCGCUAACCUUCUUCUCGCCCACAACGAACAACUUAUUUCCAACUUUUAUGCUGCUCUUAAGAAGAAAGACACCCACAAGAUAUUCUUCAUUAACCAAGGCUUGCUGGAUGAACCAUUGGAUAUUCCGCUUGAGUACACAGAAUUUGCCUUUUGUUUUCAAAAUAUUUUUCAUCUUUUCAAAAAUAUCAAAAGGCUGAAUUUGCAAGCACCAAAUUUCCCACACAAAGAGCAGAGAAAAUCAGUCAUUACACAGUACAUCGAAGAGCUAGACUUUUUCCAUUACUCUCCAGUUAAAGAGAUAAAGGACUUCAGUUUCGGGUUUGAUGACUUAGGCUACUGGCCGCAAUCAGGAGUGAUCCCAAUAUUUGAUGACUUUCUCCUACCUUAUCUGGGAAGAGUGAAGCAUAUCAUAUUUAAUAAUCUAUUUAUCCCUAAAGGAGAGAAGUUUCACAGCGAAGGACUAUUAGCGAAAGUGAAAUCUUUAGAAAAAGUAUCCUUUAAUAUGAAAAAUAAAGAAAUGAGUUACCUUGAAGUUCUGAACGAGCUAUGAGUUCCUUUUUCUCAAAAGUAUAGGACUUCCUUCUGAGAGUUUACUCCUAGAACAAGAUAUCCUUCGAUAUAUGAUCAGUUUUGUAUGGUUAGUCCCAAUCAAGUUUGAUGAUUGACUCUGACAAAUGUUAGAGUCUACUUCUUCCCUUACAGUGUAUAUGAAAACUACAGUCUGGACGUUCUUGAUGGCAUGUUGGAGUUUGAAGUAGAUAAGCUGGAAAUACCAGCUACUAGUUACCUUUCCAAGAAGUACCCAUUUGAUAUUCUUCAGUCUAAAGAUGGUUAUGAAGGACAGAAAUAUCUUAGAGUUGAGCAUUUCGAUCACUGCAACUUCCAUAAUCUCAGACUAGCUCAAACUAAGAAGACUCAUCAAUUUAAAAGAUUUGUGAUUGAGAAUCACUUGGGAUCUCUAGAUAAUAAAGAAAGUAUUCCAGAGAUAUUCACAAAUCAUUAUGCUUUCUUUGUAGAGCAUUGUAAUGUUGCAACUUGAGAUAUCACAGAAAUUUGAGAAGAAGAAGGAUUUUCCCUGAUUACUAAUCUUAAUUUAGACAUUUGCGAUCGUAUAGAGAUCGAAUUAGCACCUUGUUCAAAUAUAAGGAUCUUUAAGGAAGCUUAUGAACACCUCAUAAAACUUUCCAAAAAGUGUCAGUUAUCUUUAAUUCUGAACUUCAACAAGAAACCCAAAAAGAAAAAUUUAAUCCUGAUUUUGAAACUCUUUUCAGAAAUAAAUAUUCACAGUAUAGCCAUAAUCGGCUCUUGUUGGGGAUAUAGUGACAUCGAAAAAGAGCUAGAAUCUCUGACAGAAACCAUUAUUCAGCACAUAAUGAGAGAUAAUGACAACCACAACAACCUGACCUUCCAAUAUGCCCCUACAAGCUACAGAGUAUACGCCAACCUAUUCCACGACGACAAACUCACAACGGUUGAAAAGUUCAUCCACUGAUAUUUCUCCGGAAAGCUAAGAACACUUCUCCCAGACCAGUACCACAACACCCUAUACAUCGCCUAAGCCCUAUUCCCACCUCAAUCUCUCCCUUAGCAACCCCCAGUCUAAAAUCCACCUUUACACCCCAAAAAUCUCAAAAUCCUUUAAAGCUCUUAUCUC